UUUACGGUAAGUCAAAAGUGAAAACUGAAUGGAAGUCAACCUCGCUUGUCAUUCGUCAGUUGCGAUCGAUGGCGACAACUUCUUUCGCCCGGUAGACUGAGGAUUAGCUCCAACAUGGCGAUCUUCAAAUAUUUUGCGGUUGUAUUAGCGUUUAGCGCGAGCGUUUCUGCUAUUGUCGGACCAUCGAACGGAACAAAAUCAACGUUAUCAAAGACUGAUACGUAUUUAGACGCUUAUUCAAAAUCUCGCAUUGAGGCAGAGAAGGCGAAACAAGGUGUUGUGAUAAUAACAGCUAAAGAUGGUGAGAAGAAGAUAUCAAACCGUGACGACAGUUACCAGUCUGGAUACGAUUACUCGCCGCCGUUUUCAAGUGACAACAGUUUCAGUUCUUCUGCAUCAUCUGGUUACUCCGGCCCUUCCGCGUCCAACAGCUACUCCCCAUCGCCUAGUUAUGGAUCUCCAGUGAAGUUUGAACCAGAAAUUACUUACAACGCUCCUCCAAACACGUAUGGUCCACCUGCUCCGACUUAUGGACCUCCGGCACAUAAUUACGGGCCCCCGGCUCCAGCUUACGGGCCUCCAGCUCAGACGUACGGACCUCCAGCACAGAGCUAUGGGCCACCGAUUCACAAGCCUUUGCCGCCGCCACCAAUUUACGGCCCACCUCUAAAGCCAUCUUACGGCGUGCCUUACACAGCACCUGCAUUAGGAUUUUUAGACAAACUGGCUUUCAAACUGGACAUUUUGACUAUUGCGAAGUUAUUGCUGAAAUUUUUGAUAUUCAAGAAACUUGUGACUAUGCUCGCUGUGGUUUGUAUGUUACUGGUGAUACCGAAGCUUAUUUCAUUCAAGAAAAGCCCCGGUGAUGUAGGCGGCACUGACGAGGACGAGCGAAGCUUUGGUGACAAUAGAAUGGUGGAGUUGACAUCAGUGCAACAGUUGGUGGAGCGAGCCAUCACCGUGUACGGGCGGCAACAGGCGAACUGUGGAGUCACGUGUCGCGUGCGCAGGGUGGUCGACGAUAUUUACGAAUUCCAACCCUAUUUCAGGGGACAAUCUUCAUAGUAAUCUGGCAUCGCAGUGUCAGCAGUGAGCACUGACACCGAUCGUUACAUGGGACUGAUAAAGCAGGUGCCAUUGAAAUUAGUCUGAUUCAAGUCUUCUAUUUAUUUAAAUUAUUAUUGUAGAUAUGUAGUUAUUUAUUGUGAUUAUAAGUUAAAUAAAGAUAUUGUUCUUA